UCUGCCAAACCCUAACUACCAAAACCUCCAUGGAAGUAGAGCUUCAAACACAGAAAUGAUUUCUCGAAAAUUAACUCAAUCAAAGCUCAAGAACCUUCUUGCCCUCUCUCCCUUCACUACCUAUGCAUACACACAAUCUGUAUCCAACUCCAGUUUCACCUCCAUCAUAAACCCCCCAAAAAUUUCAGAUCUCUUAAACCCUGCUAAAACCCUAGCAACGCCAAACCUCCAUUUCAGACUCUUCUCUUCAAAUCACACUUCGGUUCCACCUCCGACCCUCUCCAGAGACGGAAAUUACGAUGAAACAACCUCCCAAAGCCGCAGAAUUUGCCCUGGAUGUGGAAUCCAAAUGCAGGACUCCGACGCUAAACAACCCGGGUUCUUCAUCACACCCUCAGUCAAAGAUCCAACUUACAAACAACAAAUCGACAAAAACCCCUUAGCAGACGAAACCCACAUUCCAGAUUCUCUCAAAAAAGGAAUCUUAAUUGAACCCGAUGAAACCCUCGAAAACCCUGCCCCCAAAUCUCCCGAGAGACCAGUCGUUUGCGCGAGGUGCCACAGCUUGAGGAACUACGGGAAAGUGAAGGAUCAAACCGUCGAAAACCUGCUACCCGAUUUCGACUUCGAUCAUACAGUCGGAAAGAGGUUGAAUUCGGUUUCAGGUACACGAACUGUCGUCGUAAUGGUGGUAGACGCCGUCGAUUUCGACGGAUCAUUCCCCAGAAAAGUCGCAGAGUUAGUUUCCAACACAAUCGACGUUCAUUCUAGAUCUUGGAAAGAAGGGAAAUCAGGUAAUUUACCUAGAAUUGUGUUAGUCGUUACAAAAAUCGAUCUUCUCCCUUCAUCUUUAUCCCCAACUGGAUUCGAACACUGGGUUAGAACUAGGGCAAGAGAAGGAGGAGCUACCAAAUUAACCAAAGUUCAUCUUGUAAGCGCUGUAAAAAACUGGGGAUUAAAGAAUCUCGCAGAUGAUAUGGUGUCAUUAGCUGGACCACGAGGGCAUAUUUGGGUCAUUGGUGCACAAAAUGCUGGAAAAUCAACACUUAUUAAUGCAAUGGGGAAAUCCAUAGGUGGUAAAAUGACCAUUUUGACCGAGGCUCCAAUACCCGGAACUACAUUAGGGAUUGUUCGGGUGGAGGGUGUGCUUCCUGGUGGAACAAAGUUGUUUGAUACACCGGGAUUACUACAUCCACACCAGAUUACCACGCGGUUGACUACGGAGGAACAGAAGUUAGUCCACAUCAGCAAAGAGUUGAAACCAAGGACUUAUAGGAUCAAGGUUGGGCAUUCAGUGCAUAUUGGGGGACUUAUGAGGCUUGAUAUUGAAGAAUCAUCGGUUGAUUCUAUAUAUGUAACUGUUUGGGCAUCUCCUCAUCUUCCUCUUCACAUGGGAAAAACAGAGAAAGCAUCAACAAUGGUGGAAGAUCAUUUUGGUCGUCAAUUACAGCCUCCAAUUGGGAAGCAAAGAGUGGAGGAGCUUGGAAGAUGGGUAAGAAAGGAAUUUCGUGUGCGUGGGAAUUGGUGGGACUCGAGUUGCGUUGAUAUUGCAUGUGGUGGUCUUGGUUGGUUUGCGAUUGGAUUAAAAGGAGAGGCGGUUGUUGGUGUUUGGACAUAUGAUGGUGUUGAUGUCACCCUUCGCAAUGCUUUGAUUCCUCAUCGAUCUCAUACCUUUGAAGUCACGGGGUUUACUGUUUCAAAAAUUGUAUCAAAAGCCGAUAAAUCUUUGAAUAAGCAAAGGCAAAAGCAAAAUGAGAAUGAGAAUGAGAAGAAGAGGAAAGUUGGGGAUUUAUCAUGCGAAUUAUUUAUUAUAAAGUGAAGAUUUAUUUGUAAUGAGGUUUAUGGUCUCAACAAGUUCAAUGCACAAUGCAAAGAUUACGGGGAUUAUAAAGGAAUGAAAUGGUUUUAGGUAAA